UUAGGUCCCCUAAGAUCGACAACCUGGAGCCCGACGACGACGAGGGGAUGGGGAGGGGAAGAGCGGCGGCGCGCACCGCCGCGUCCCAAUUCCCACGGCAAUGGAGGCACGCUACCUGCGAGUACGAGGGGGGGAGCUCCAUCUUGUUCUUCUGCGCCCGUCCAUUCUUCUUCCUCCGUCCGUCCAUCUGGUCGAUCCUCGAUGGGCGGAUGGGGCGGAGGGAGCCCUCGUCUGCAUCGCGGCCGGCCGGCCGCCGGAUUCGGGAUACUUGAGGAUUGGUGUGUAAAGCAUAUAUCUUGAAAGGUGCUUCAGUGCUUGUCAAGUAGUGAUUAUUGAAGUGUCCAACAGCUACACCACACAGUGGCCAAUCGAUCAUUUAUUCUGAAGAAAAUAUUGUUGAAUGGCUGAAUUGACCAGACGACCACUGUUGGCUGCAAACCGAAAGCUAAUCCUCAAGGAGAGGAAAGCAUUGGAUUUGGAAGCUAGGAAUGAAGCAAAAUGGAAGAACUCUCUCCUAAGUCCAACCGCUUGGAGAGCUCGCUCAUGCUACUCUGAUCAUCUGAUGCCUUCAGCUUAGAAGAUAUCAAUGGAGGGCUCCAUGUUCAACCUCCCAGGAAGGCUCGACCGGCUCCUGCGUCGUCAUGGCAGCAUGCUGCCCAAGGGGGCAGAGGAGGAGAUACCUCUCAUCAAGCAAGAUCUCGAGGAAAUAAUCUCCGUCCUCCAUGGUCACUGUAGCAAGCCAAAGCUGGAGGACCAUGCCAUGGUGGUCAGGUGCUGGAUGAAGGAGGUACGUGAGCUCUCUUAUGACAUCGAGGAUUGCAUCGACCAGUAUGAGCAUGCCGCCACUGCCACCCGGUCACAUACUGGACCUAAUAUUUGUCGCCGUAAGUUCAAUCAGCGGCAUGGAAAGAUGAUCCCUUGGGUUCCCUGGAAACUUAAGCAGCGGUUGUGGAUGGCCAACAAGAUCAGAGAAUUCAGCCUGCGCACCCAGGAGGCGCUUCAACGCCACACCAUGUACAACAACCUUGGUGGCAUCACCAUUGCUUCUACUACUGGAGGAGAUGUAUGCUCUGCAACACCUUGGCAUCCCACGCAGUUCAGAGAGCACACCGACAACGUCUGUUCUGUCGGUAUAGACGCCGAUGGUAUGGAAGCUGCCCUGAAUGACCUGAACAAGCUCAAAAACUUGCUCGCUAGUAUCCCGACUGCUUCUCUCGUGCAGUUCAGGGAGCACGCCAAUAAAGUGCGUCAUAUCCACCCCGAUGUGGAAGCCAUCCUGAACAAGCUCAAAAACAUACCCACUGGUAUCACCACUACUUCUACUACCACUAGAGGUGAUGUAUCUUCUACCUCAUCUAGGCAACCCACGCGGUUCAUGGAGUCCGCGGGUCUUGUUGGCAUCAACGCCGCGGUGAACAAGCUUGAAAACUUGCUCGAUGUGUGCGGAGAGGAGAAGCUCAAGGUGGUGUCCAUCGUGGGAGUUGGAGGAGUUGGCAAGACUACGCUCGCCAACAAGCUGUACUGCAAGCUUCAGCGGCAGUUCGAGUGCUGGGCAUUUGUGCAGACAUCUCAGAAGACUGAUAUGAGGAGGCUUCUCAUCAAUAUCCUCUCACAGGUUCAGCCGCACCAGUCACCUGACAAUUGGAAGGUGCAUAGCCUAAUUUCCAGUAUCAGGACACAUCUGCAAGAUAAGAGGUACUUGAUCAUAAUUGAUGGUUUAUGGGCUACAUCCACAUGGGAUGUUAUUAAGUGCGCUUUGCCGGAUGGUAAUAGUUCCAGCAGAAUACUAACCACAACAGAAAUUGAGGAUCUAGCUUUGCAAUCUUGUAGUUAUGACUUGAAAUUUAUUUUCAAGAUGAAACCUUUUGGUGAGGGUGACUCAAGAAAACUAUUUUUCAGUAUAGUCUUUGGCUCUCAUUCUAAGUGUCCUCCAGAAGUCAGUGAAACAUUAUAUGAUAUUGUAAGGAAAUGUGGUGGUUUGCCGCUAGCUAUUGUCACUGUUGCUAGUCUUUUAGCAAGCCAGCUUGAGAAACAAGAACAAUUGGAUUAUAUAAACAAAUCCUUAGGUUACGGUUUGAUGGCAAAUCCUACUUUGGAAGGGAUGAAACAACUACUGAACAUUUGUUACAACAAUCUUCCUCAGCAUUUGAAGGUAUGCAUGUUGUAUCUUAGUAUGUAUCAAGAAGAUCACAUAAUUUGGAAAGAUGAUUUAGUGAGUCAAUGGAUAGCUGAAGGUUUUAUCUGUGCAACUGAAGGGCAUGACAAGGAAGAAAUUUCAAGGGCCUAUUUUGAUGAGCUUGUGGGCAGAAAAAUCAUCCAGCCUGUACAUAUCGAUGACAGUGGUGAGGUUUUGUCCUGUGUAGUUCACCAUAUGGUACUCAAUUUCGUUACAUACAAGUCAAUAGAAGAAAAUUUUAUUAUUGCAAUAGACCAUUCACAGGCAACUAUAAGAUUUGCUGACAAGGUUCGACGAUUAUCUAUCCACUUUAGUAACGUAGAAGAUGCAACUCCGCCUACCAGUAUGAGAUUGUCCCAAGUUCGGACAGUUGCCUUCUUCGGGGUCUUGAAGUAUAUGCCUUUCGUUAUGGAGUUUCGACUUAUUAAAGUUCUAGUUCUACAUAUUUUGGGUGAUGAGGAUAGCAUCGGCAUUUUUGAUCUCACUAAAAUUUCAGAACUUGUUCGACUGAGAUAUUUGAAGGUCACCUCUAAUGUCACCGUAAAACUGCCAACCCAGAUGCAAGGUCUACCAUAUUUGGAGACACUGAAAAUAGAUGGGACAAUAAGUGAAGUUCCAACAGACAUUUAUUUGCCACGUUUGCUGCAUCUUACUCUUCCUGCUAAGACAAACCUGCCCAGUGGAAUUGUCCACAUGACAUCGCUUCGUACAAUUGGAUAUUUUGAUCUCAGCUGUAACUCAGCGGAGAAUCUAUGGAGCCUUGGUGAGCUGAGCAAUCUCCGGGAUUUGCAGCUCACCUAUUCUGAAAUACAUUCUGACAAUCUGAAGGAUAAUAUGAAAUAUCUUGGAUCCAUUCUGGGGAAACUCCGUAAUCUCACAUCUAUAACUUUAUCGCCUCCUGGCUCUUCCUGUCCAGAUACUCUACAUAUUGACAGGACGAGGAUCAAUGUUGAUGGCUGGAGCAGUGUGUCCUCUCCACCAGCCCUUCUUCAGAGGUUUGAGUUGUUACCAUGUGUUUGCAUCUUUUCUAACCUCCCAAAUUGGAUUGGGCAGCUUGGAAACCUCUGCAUUUUGAAGAUUGGGAUAAGGGAAGUAACAAGUAAUAGUAUUGAUGUUCUAGGAGUAUUACCGAAACUCACUGUUUUGUCACUUUAUGUCCACACAAAGCCUGCAGAAAGGAUUGUCUUUGACAAUGCAGGGUUCUCAAUCCUCAAAUACUUCGAGUUUAUAUGCAGUGUAGCAUGGAUGAAAUUUGAGAUGGGUGCAAUGCCUAGUCUAAGGAAGCUCAAGCUAGGUUUUGAUGUCCAUAUAGCAGAUCAGCAUGAUAUUAUUCCUGUUGGCAUCGAACAUCUGUCUGGACUUGAAGAGAUCUCUGCAAAAAUUAGGGUCGCCUGUACUGCUCAUGAUCAUUGUAGAAGAUUUGCAGAGUCAGCUUUGACUAACGCCUUUAUGAUGCAUCCAGGACGUCCUAGCGUCAACAUACGGUGUGUGGAUUGGACCUUUCAUGAUAAGGAUAAUGACUGUGUGGGGACACGAGAGGAAGAAUGUAGGACUCCAAUGAAACAGGAGCAUUUUGUGAAAGAAGACUUAAGUGAGAAAUCUGCAGUUCUACAAAACGAGCACGACGAAGAAGCACAUAAAUUUGUUGACAGAAGAUAUUAUCCCAUCAUGGACGCGGCAGAGAUCCGCAGGUGUCCGUGGAGCGUCAACGAGGAGCAGGAGCAGCCGGUGUUGAUCUACGACGCCAGAACCAAGAUCUCCCAGUCGUCGUCCAUGCACAGCGAAUUCUGGGCGGCCGUCCAACGGCUCACCGGCCCAGCUGCCACGCCGGCCAAGACCAAGAGGCACCUCCACCUGACGACCUCGCCUGAGCUGGAGGACGGCUUCUUGCCGGUACGUAGUCUCGUCUUCCCGUCCGCUCCGGAUCCACGGUGCAACAUGAAGAAGAAGAAGAUGAGGGCCGGCCCUGGAGGGGGUCGAGCAGUGCGGUCAAACUGGGCCCCCAAAUCGUAGGGGCCCCAACCCAGGGAGCCUGCAAAGCCUCUCUUCUGCAACAAAGCCAUGCGAUGAGAUGAUGCGAACAGAAACGCCCAAUUCCUACUGCAAAGCCUCUCAGUGCCUUGCCGCCUGCCGAGUUGCCGUCGACCGCCCCGGCGCCGCCGUUGGCUGCUGCUGCAAGCCUGAAGACAGCUGCAACUGCUGAUUUGCUAAACUGCGCACCUCAGCCUAACGAUCAAAACUAAAAGUCUCAAGAGGUGUUGAUGAUGCGAAGUGAUCAGGUGAGCAGCAGCAUGCCAGCAACACCGUCGCCAUCGCCAAUUGAGAUUUGUUUUAAUUCUAUGAUUUUAUCUGUUGGUUGUUGGUCUAUUGCCAUCAUGCCAUGUACUGAUGAACAGACGUAUAUAUACAUGCACUACUAUGUUCCAUGUUAGGUUAAUAGGUUUGUGACUUACUGACUUUGUGUCUGUCUCUUAUUUUUUUAGUUGUUUAAAAGAUCUGAGUUCAGAGGGAUUGAGCUUGGAGACGUGCUAGUGUGUGAUGAGUCGUGCGCAUCCGGACGUCUGUGAAUAUUUAAUUGGUAAGACUUUAAAUUUGAAUUUGUAGUUUUAUGGUGUAAUUUAUAUGAGUAUCUCCAUAAGUAAUGUUUUUCUUUCUAGUACCCGUCACUGUGGCAUAUUUUGAAAGAAGCUUUUUGAAGUCGAAAUUAUUAAAGAAA